AUUUUGAAGCAAGUUUUAUUCGCCUGAUGGACAAAGUGACCAAUGGCUCUCGGAUUGAAAUAAACCAGACAGGUACUACCUUGUAUUAUCAGCCUGGUCUUCUGUAUGGAGGCUCGUUGGAACAUGACUGCAGCCCCAGUCGUAGUAUUGGCUACUAUUUGGAAAGUCUGCUUUGCUUGGCACCUUUCAUGAAACAUCCAUUGAAGAUUGUCCUGAGGGGAGUAACAAAUGAUCAAGUAGAUCCUUCGGUUGAUGUCCUUAAGGCAACAGCUCUACCCCUACUGAAGAAGUUUGGAAUUGAUGGAGAAAGUCUGGAAAUCAAGAUCAACCGGAGAGGAAUGCCUCCCAAAGGGGGUGGAGAGAUACUGUUUGCUUGCCCAGUGAGAAAGGUCUUGCAGCCUAUUCAGUUCACAGACCCUGGCAAAAUCAAGCGCAUCAGAGGAACUGCAUACUCUGUCAGAGUGUCACCACAGAUGGCAAACAGAAUGGUGGAAUCUGCAAGGAGCAUCCUGAAUAAAUUCCUCCCAGACAUUUAUAUUUACACAGAUCAUAUGAAGGGGGUCAGCUCUGGAAAAUCACCAGGUUUUGGCAUGUGCCUUACUGCAGAAACCAUCAACGGCACUAUUCUCAGUGCUGAGCUAGCCUCAAACCCUCAGGGGCAGGGAGCAGCUGUGCUUCCCGAGGAACUUGGCCAGAAUUGUGCUAAGCUGUUGCUUGAGGAGGUCUACAGGGGAGGCUGUGUAGAUUCAACAAAUCAGAGCCUUGCUCUGCUCCUCAUGACCCUUGGACAACGGGAUGUUUCCAAAGUCCUGUUAGGACCUCUGUCUCCAUACACGUAA